AUGAAGGUCGGGAAGCCAAAAUCCAAGCGAGUGCCUGUGCGCCGAAAGCACAAGAUCGAGAAAGCCGCCGCAGCCAAACAGCGGAAAGAUCGCAAAACCGCCAAACAUGUAGGAAACGAUUCGAGUUCCGAAUUGGAGGCUGACCAGACACCCCAGGAUCCAACAUGGCGAAGUCGGUUAAAGAAGGAUCCAGGUAUCCCCAACCUCUUUCCAUUCAAGGAGAAGAUCCUUGACCAGAUCGAGGAGAAGAAACGGAUCCGAGCCGAGGACAAUCAACGGCGGAAGGAUGGUGUCAAGGCUGCCAGCGCGCAGAGUUCCCAGCCAAAUGGACAGGCCACGACAAAAGGGCCCGACGACGAGAUGUCGGAAGAUGACAUGGACGAUGAUCUACAGGACGAUGAUCUACAGGAUGAGGACAUGGAAGAAGGCGGUUCAAACCCUCUUGCCGCACUCUUGGCCUCCGCUACAGCACGAGCAGCUGAGUACGACCGGGCGCAUGGAGACGCCCAUGGCGACGAAAUGGACGAUUCGGAUUCGGAUGCCGAGUUUGAUGGAUUUGAAUCAGACUCCGCCGAUGACCAACACCGCCAUGCCGCUACAGCCAAAGACACGUCCCGGCGCGCAUACGAUAAAGUCUUCAAGCAGGUGCUCUCAUCUGCCGACGUUAUCCUUUAUGUCUUAGACGCCCGUGAUCCGGAUGGCACACGUUCACGCGAAAUCGAGCGAGCCAUCAUGGCCUCGGAGAGCGGCUCAAAACGACUCAUUCUCAUUCUCAACAAAAUCGAUCUGGUUCCACCUCCGGUCCUGAAAGCCUGGCUAGUCCAUCUUCGACGUUACUUCCCCACCCUACCCCUCCGUGCAUCGAAAGAGGCCCCAAAUGCCCGCACAUUCGACCAUAAGCAGUUAACAGUCAAGGCCACAACCGAGACCUUGUUCAAGGCGUUAAAGAGCUACGCUCAGGCAAAGGCCGCGAAGCGUGCGAUAUCGGUCGGCGUCAUUGGGUAUCCGAACGUAGGGAAGAGUAGUGUAAUCAAUGCCCUUUCUUCGCGUAUGGGCAGGGGCUCCGGAGCAUGCCCUGUGGGUGCAGAGGCGGGUGUUACAACGAGUUUAAGGCAGGUGAAGCUGGACAAUAAGCUGAAACUUCUCGACUCGCCUGGAAUCGUUUUCCCACACGAAGGAGGUGCUGAAGAUAGCAAAUCCGAGUCCAAGGCACGAUUAAUCUUGCUGAAUGCCGUCCCGCCAAAAGAGGUCGACGAUCCGGUUCCGGCCGUUCAACUACUGCUGAAGAGGAUGUCAUCUUCGGAGGAGAUGUUUUCCAAACUUCUCGACGUGUACGGUCUGCCCCCCUUGAUGACCAUCGACGGAGACCAGACAACGGACUUUUUAGUCCAAGUCGCUCGAAAACGAGGCAGGCUUGGGAGAGGCGGUGUACCAAAUAUCCAUGCUGCGGCACAAACAGUCCUGACAGACUGGAGGGAUGGCAGGAUACAAGGUUGGAGGGAUGCUCCUACUUCGCCAGUCGCUUCGACUGACGGUGGUUCUGGAGAUCAAAAGCAGAUUGUCAAGGAAUGGGCAGCUGAGUUUAAGCUGGAGGACUUAUUGAGUGACAACAAGACUGACGCGGAUGCCAUGCAAGAAUAA